GUUUCAGUUUAUUUUUAGUUCCGAUUUGAUCGUGGCGUAGACAUGCAGCGAUCGUUCGUUGAUAUUGAAAAUCACUCGAGUUAUUUACAAAACGUUUAACAGCAGUUGCUAAAUAUUACGUCACUUUGUUUGACAAUCAGUCAGAACUUUGAAUUGAGAAGAGGGCAAAGUGUGAUCGAAAUCAGUUGUUAGAAGUCAUUUCUAUGGUGAACAUAUAUGUAACUUGUCUGGCGUGUCGGACGGAUCUCGUGAAAUGUCCCAUAAUUUUAUUAAAUAUCAAUUUUUGUCGAGAUGGACUUUGUCGUGUUUACAUGAUUGAUUAAAAUCAAACACAUAGACAAUUAUUUGUGAUACAAAUUUUUUAAUAGCAACUAAACGUUAUGUUCAUAUACAAUGGUUUAGCCUAUAAUUAAACAUUUUUGUUUAUUUUGCUAUUUUUCACUUGUGGACAUACUGUACUGGUCGUUGAGUUGCAUGUGGAUUAAUAAUAAUCGUGUUGAGAUUGGCCGAUUGUACAAAGAUUGUGUUUAAUGAAUUUAUAUUACCUUAUCAGUUUUUUUUUUGAUAAAUGAUGAAUGUUUGUGUUGGACAUUGAUAAAGUUUUUUUUUUUAUUAUUUUUUUGCAUAAAAAAAAAGUUAAGGUUUUUAACUAGUUUAUUAGUUAAACCUUCGGCAAGCUGGUCGAUACGUGUUUCUUUUUGAUAUUUUUGUUUGUUUAUUUAAAAAAAAAAAUAAAACGCCUUAAAAAUGUCAUUGAAACCAACUAUUGAGCAAAUAGAGACUUUGCGUGAUCUGUUUUUUAAGAAAUGUGAAAAAGAACCUGCCCCAUGUGGAAGUUUCCAUCCAAAAGACAUAGAACGAGUAAAAACAAACAACUUUUACGUUGAAAAAUAUCUCAUACACAAUGACUUGGAUAUGAAACUUUCACUUCAAUUACUUUGGGACAUCCUUGUUUGGCGAAAGAAUUUCGGAGUAAAUGAAAUCAACGAAAGCAAUAUUCGCAUGGACUAUCUCAACCAAGGUCUAGUGUUUCCUCGUAACAGAGACAAAGAUGGAAAAACAUUGUUAAUUUUCAAGGCCAAAUUACACGUUAAAGGAAGCAAGGAUAUGAAGGAACUUAUGCGAGUUGUUGUCUACUGGAUCGAAAGAGUUUUGGCUGAAAAUGAUGAGGACAAAAUGUCAGCAUUCUUCGAUAUGCAGGGAACGAGUGUUGGAAAUGUGGAUAUGGAUCUUAUAAAAAAUAUCAUCGAAAUAUUUAAACUUUAUCCUUUACCUUUAAAUUAUAUUCUUAUCUAUGAACUUCCUUGGUUAUUGAAUGCUGCCUUUAAAAUAAUCAAACAACUUAUGCCACCAAAAGCCGUUGAAGUGAUGAAGUUCCUGAAUCCAAAAAAUGUUUCCGAAUUCGUGGAUGAUAAUAAUAGACUCGCUUGUUGGGGUGGUAAUGAUAAUUAUACGUUCUCAUUUCAACCCGCCCAACAAAAAGUUUCAUCAAAUCAGGCGAAACAAAAUUUAAACAACAACAACGAUGAAGAUUUCAACUUAUCAACAUCAACGAAAAAGGUACACUUUGCCAAUUCCAGUCCAACACGGUCACCAAUGUCUGACGGCGAGGAUCAUCUUACACCUAACAAUGAAGAGAUGUUACGUAUCACACCAAAUGACGUUAUCGUCCUUAACAAGAUUGAAGAUUCCAAUGAGGGUGAACUGAGAGGAUCUGUUAACAUAACUUGCACCAGCAAAUAUCCUAUUACAUAUAAGAUUAAAACUACUGCUCCACUGAAAUUCCGUGUCCGUCCGAGUUCGGGGGCUUUGAAUCCCGGCUGUACGGCUACGGUGUAUGUCAUCCUUCAACCAGGCAAUAAGGUUUCAUCAUCUAGCAAGGAUAAGUUUCUGGUCAUGUGCACUCCUUUGCCGGAUGAUAUGGAUGUAAAUAACAGCGAUAUGCUGGCAGGCUUCUGGAAAGCAUUACCGCCAAACAGUCCAAAUGUUCAACAACACCGGCUGCAGUGUAUUUGUCCACAGAGUUCACAAGGAAACAACAUGCACAAUGGACAUGCUUAUUCCGAAGAUGUUGGAGAUGGAAAAAAUAUCAGUGGUGUUGAUUUAGUACAAUUAUCAGAGACCAUAAAACGUAUUGAUCAACGUACAAGACUAAGCGUCAAUUUACAUUGGCUGUCGCUGAUGGUGUUCAUUAUUGUCUCAAUAGCUCUCACAUAUAUAAUUAAACAAGAAAUCCAAGGACAAAAUUCGGAUUCUUGUUCUAAAAGAUUUUAAUGGCUCAAAUAAUGACAUUUUGUUUGUAUUCUAAAAAUUAUGUAUUUUUUUUUUCUUAUUUUUUUAUUAAUGUUUUUUGAAUAUGAAACGGUUAGUUAUUUAAUUUAA